CUUGAACAAAACCAAGCCGAAAUUACAUAUUAAUGAUCAGAAGGAAACUUCAGCCAGAAAAGGAGGGACACCCUGAAUCUGGUGUUUAUGGAGGCGUUGUGAGUUGGGGAAGCUAAUGCAGGAGUGCUGGACUGGUCAGAUAUGAGAACUUAACUUAGAAGGUAUAAACUCUACAUUGGCUUUUAAUUCUUUAUAGAAACCUCGCCAUGGUUCCAGCGGUAGUUUGAUGAUUAAUAGUGCUGAUAUCAGCGUAGCAUUCCUGGAAAGAUAAGGCAAUCUGGGCUAAAGUCAACAGGGUAGAUUGGAGCAGAGAGCCCGAGUGAGAGAAUAUGGACGAACAGGAAAGAGAGCGAGACUGGCGAAAGCUGGAGACGCACUUCGAAUUGAAGGUCUUCCUCACGGUACUGUACAGCCUCAUUCUCAUCCUUGGAAUUGUAGGAAACAGCAUCACUAUUCACGUGACGCAGGUGCUUCAGAGAAACGGGUACUUACAGAAGAACGUUACCGAUCACAUGGUGAGCCUGGCCUGCUCUGAUUUGCUAGUGCUACUGAUAGGCAUGCCUGUGGAACUCUAUAGUGCCAUCUGGUUCCCCUUUAGCUCUGCUUCUGGAAACGCAUCCUGCAAGAUCUAUAACUUCUUGUUCGAAGCCUGCAGUUAUGCCACCAUCCUAAAUGUGACCACUCUAAGUUUUGAGCGCUACAUGGCUAUAUGCCAUCCAUUUCGCUACAAAUCGUUGGCACACGCCCGGACCGCUCAUCUCAUCCUUGCUGCAUGGCUCACCUCCGUCCUUAUUGCUGUGCCACUGCUAAUUACUACUGGAACACAAGGUCAUGUGGUGGAGCCAGGAGGUGCGCCAGCGCAGAACCUGACCUUCUGCACCAAUUUGCAUGAAUACUGGGGAAUGUAUCGUGCCAGCGUGUUCACAGCUUUCAUCCUCUACCUGCUGGUCCUUGGCAGCGUGGCUUUCAUGUGCAGGAGCAUGAUCGUUGUCCUCAGGGCACCCAUGAUUACUAUGGACACUUCAGGUGCUAGCGUGCCUAAACACGAGAGUGCCAGAGUCAAAGCAUCCCGCAAGCAGACCAUCAUUUUCCUAGUGCUGAUCGUGUGUGCGCUGUUCGUAUGCUGGAUGCCAAACCAGGUUCGGCGCUUGAUGACGGCAGCCGUACCCAAGGAUUCCUGGACUUUGAGUUACCUGGUAUCAUACGUCAAACUGCACCCUGUAGCUGACACCUUCUUUUACCUGAGUUCCGUGCUGAACCCUCUGCUCUACAAUCUCUCAUCACGGCAGUUUCGCACAGCCUUCCUCCAGACGUUGUGUUGCCGUCUCUCUGUCACCCACGUUAACAAGAGAACGCUGGAGAACAGCAAAGCUUCCCACGUCUCCAGCCAUUCGCUGCGUCCGCUGAUGUGUAAACAAUCCCAGCGCAAGAGAACGCAGCCUUCCAGCAGAGAUGCUGAGACUCUGACCCCGAGUGCAGAGAGCAGCCCUGCUGUUCAGAUCUUGAACACAUCUCCACCUGUCUCAUCAGAGACGGAAACAUGAGUCAUGUCAAGCCUCCUACUCCACUAAACACCCUGGAGCUCCAACAGGCCACUAUUUAGACACAUUGUUGGCUCACCUUAUAAAUGCAGUUAUAGACUAUUUCUCAUCCUGUUUUUUUUUUUCAUGUAGAAUUUGUCAUCAGGGAUCACAGGAUUGCUGUUGGCUGAAUGUUUCUGGUUGGCAAACUGUUUCUCAGCUUAGCGAUGACUCACGUGAUAUUCACAUGCCAACACAACACAUGCUGCCACACUGCUGCUGUAUUGAGAAUGAAUCAUGACAAGAUAUUAUCUGUUCACCAGUCCUUUUUCAAUUAUGAACAGGUUAAGUGCAGGGUCUGUGCAUUGUGCAUAGCAGCAGAUAGGCUACACUCAGUCAUCUAAUACUGCAUGUAUGAAUUCACUUAUGUGGUAAAUUUACCUAACAAAAUGGGUACCAACAAGAAUACCUUAGGUGCCAACUCAAGGCUACAACUGGAAGCUAUAACAACUUACAUUAUUUACUGCAUUGCUUUACAUGAACCUUGACAUCCUAUUUGAAAUCCUAAAUAUUCUUAACAAAUAUAACACAUACAUUAACUGACAAUUGUUUAGAUGGUUAUGGAUUACAUCUGGAUUAAAUAUAUUUAUUUGUUCCAUGACAAAAAAAAGGGCAAACAUUUUAAUCGCGCCAUCUUCUUAAAUGCUGAUUGAAUAAACUCUAAAUAUCUUGGAUCUAAAUUGUGACAGUUAAAUGUUACAAAACAUGUUAAUUAAAUGAUUGCUUCAUAACACUCAUUGUGAGCUUUAUUUUAUGCACUUAUGGGAUAAACAUUGCAUAACCAUUAAUUUAUUAAAACAAAUUUUAUCAAGUAAUAGACGUGUUAGUAACUUUGUUAGGUAAUGUCACUUAAAUUAAUUUUUCAUUUUUUUAUACUGUGGCGUAGCGUCAAGGGUUCAACUACUAUCUGGGGUCUACGUGCAUGUUUUCACUGUGCUUUGUGGGUUUCCUCUGGGUACCUCAGUUUCAUCCCAAAGUCAUCCCAGUUUCAUGUCCAAAGACAUGCAGAUUAGGCUAAUUGGCAUUUCCAAACUACUCAUGUACCCUGUGAUGAAUUGGCACCCCGUCAUGUCCUGAGUCACCUCCAGGUCCCCCCAUGACAGUAAACAGGAUAAGCCAUAUAAAGAAUGAGUGAGAGAGUAUUCAUUUUUACCAAUUAAUGUAUGCCAGUCAUUUUGUACAAAAGAUCAUAAAAAGGUC